AUGGCCCUAUUUGCGGCCGUAGAGCCAAGCCAUCUUGCUCACAGCACACAUGUUGGCCAUAGUCAGCUGGCGGAUUUGACGACGCUACAUCCAGAGCAUCAUCAGAAGAAAAAAUUCAAAAAAAUGGGAAAGAAGUUCCGAAAAAUCGAAGUUGGCGAAGAACCCUCCGAAGCGAAUGUUGAGGGUACCCCUGAACCGGAGAGGUCUACUGAAGUUGUGGAGGAGCCAGAAGAGCAUAUUCCAACAACAGAAGCGACUGUCGUCCAUGAACAUACGACCAUCAAAGUUGUCCAUCAAAAACCCCACAAGAAGGUGGACAAGUCGCCGGAAAAUGUAAGAUUACAGCUUUUAACGGUGGUAAAUUCAAUUGUAGCUGGGUGUGAUAGAAAUAGCAGUAGAUUAGAUAUAGUAAAAACUUAUUUUCAGGAGGUCACCGACUUUGAAACUGAGCCAAAACCCAAGUACAAGUUGAUCUACUUUGAUGCCCGAGGCAUCUGCGAAUCGAUCCGAUUGCUGUUCAGAUACGCUAAUGAGAGCUUUGUGGACGAAAGGAUCACCAAGAAGAAGUGGCUGGCUAUUAAGGAUUGUAAGCAAAAGAUUAUAAAAGGGCGAAGGAAAAUCCUGAAAAGCUUACGAUUAGCAGAAUUUGAGGCCUCUUUUUUGACAUCAAAAUAACAUACAAAAAGAGGCAGUAGGUUAAGUAUAGUCCUUCAAUUUACUAUAAAUUUGGAACAAAUGAUGUGCUAGGCCUUCUGGAAAGUUGCCGGACUGAUUUUUGAAGUUUUCACUGUGCAAAAAAAGUCAGCAGCGACAGCCCAAAAAAGCCUAUUGCACGGUGCAAAAAGCGAGGUUGCACAGUGCAAAGGAACUCUUGUUUUUUCACAGUGUAUAAACGGGGAAUAGUAACAGUCUCAAGAAUCAAACGACAAAAAUUUCAGCCUGCGAUUUGCAAGGGCUGACAAAACAAACUUUUUGCGAGAGAGUAUUGGAAAUAAGGAGAGUCAGAAAUACAUGUAAAUGAGAAAAAAAUGCAGCAGAGCCUCUGUACAAUGAAACCUCACUGCAAAAAACAAUUUUUUGUUUGUUACAGCGAGAUUUUGAGAAUGCCAGGACAAAUUUUAGGCUAAAAUUAAAUUCCGUUUAACGAAGCCCUUUGAGAAAAAAAUUGCUUUAUCAGUCUGUCGGGAAAAUAAUGAGCACUCUGUCGCAUAGAAAAUCACAUCGUCGCCGAGAAAGUGAAUUGUGUCGCGAGAAAAUCGAUUUUUUUUUCUUCACCGACGCGAUUGACCCAUUGACAAUAUGCUCAUUAUUUCCCCGACAGACUGAUAAAACAAAAAAAUUUUUUUUCUCAAAUUCUUAUAUAUGUAUAUGUAAAAUACGUUCAGUAUUCCGAGACCAUCAAUCAUUGCUCUUUCCAAUCUUUAAUCAUGAAUUUCCAGCCACCUUCUACGGCAAGAUCCCCAUCCUCGAGGUGGACGGCAAGCCGUUGGCGCAAUGCUACGCCAUCUCGCGCUACCUGGCACGACAAUUCGGGCUGGCCGGCAAAGACGAUUGGGAGGCGGCCAAACUCGACGAAGCCGCCGAUUUCCACAAAUACGUCCUCACCGAGCUCUCGCCCUAUCUGUUCGUGCUGAGCGGCUAUCGGAGCGGGGAUCGGGACGCUCUGCGCAAAGAGCUGUUCGUGCCGGUGGUGGACAAGAACUUCCCCAUCUACAACAACCUCCUGAAGGCUUCGAACAGCGGGUUCUUCGCCAAAUCCGGGGUCUCCUGGGUGGACUUUGUGGUCAGCGAAUACUUGACGACCAUCCGACAUUACGAGCCCGCCAUUCUGGAGAAGUACCCGCUGUUGUUGAAGUUUAUCGACCGAAUUCAGACCCUGCCGCAGAUCAAGGAGUACAUCAAGCAACGAAAUCACACGCCUCUGCAAUUUUCGUAG